UAGCAUACCAUGGAAUGCUCUCGCAUCACCAAUAUGCUUUCCAACGUCAAGGGGCUCAUCGAACCCUUUCAUUAUAGACAAGAGACAUACAUCAUACAGAGAAUCCAUAUUGACAAACACUGUGCUUCUCUUUCUCGCAACGAUACAGAAAAAAAGAACAGAGGCAUCCAAUCAGAAUUGAAAGAGCCUCCAAAAACCCUCCCCAGUCUUUUUCCAAACUUUGUAUAGGUACUUUGUUCAACUAUUCGUGCCUCUUUCUUUCUUAUAGAGGGGCAUGAAGAAGAAGAGAAAAAGAGACGAGCCACCCACCGACUCUCCGUUUGUCAAAGGAGAGUAGAAGAAGAAAGAAAAGAAAAGAGAAAAGGACAAGAGAAAAAUCUCUCAAUCAUGUAGGACAUAAUCAAAAGAAGCUGUACAAAUCUAAAGAAACAGGAAACUGGAUUCAAGAUCUAAGGGCAUUAGUAACGCUGCUCCCAACGCUGCUCAUGGUUUCGCUAAACUUCUCGCCCAUGCCACCCGCCCAGCUGGGCAGCUUGAGAGUCAUGC